AUGACGGCGUCGAUAGAUCAGGGCGCACUCGAGUCGCUCCUCAGCCCUGCUCGCAUUGGCAUCUUGGAUGGAGGACUGGCGACAUACCUUGAGGAUGGACUCGACUUCGAUCUCUCGAAAGGACCACUCUGGAGCGCACGUCUGCUGGACGAGAAAGAGGACGAUGUGAGCGAUGGAAAAGGGCAAAAGGGAAUCUUUGAUGCGCAUCUACACUAUCUACAAGCCGGGGCUGGCAUUAUCGGCACUGCUACCUACCAAGCCUCGCUAGAGUCAUUUGCAAGGGCCAACUAUGACCAGGUUUCCGCAUCCCAUCUAAUGUCCAAGGCUGUCGAUUUGGCAUGCGAUGCACUGCACGCGCACAACAUCAGCAACAACAAGGUCGGAGUCGCUUCGGCAGCAAGCGCAAGACCUCUUCUCAGCUUGAGCCUGGGACCUUAUGGUGCCAUGCUUAGCAACGGUGCCGAAUAUACAGGUGAUUAUCGACGUACCUUUCUCGCGGAAUCCGACCCAUUACGCGAGCAGCAACCUUCGUUGGAAGAGAUGAUGGCUUUCCAUCAAAGGCGCAUCGAGGCAUUCAUUGCUCAACCGAGCUGGGAACAUGUCGGGGUUCUGGCAGUGGAAACUGUUCCGCGAGCCGAUGAGGCGCUCGCUUUCCGAAUGGCCUUGGAGAAUGUCGCCCGAAGCCUUGAACAGCAAGGGAGACCUUUAGAGAGAAAGCCGGUUUACAUUAGUAUGGCUUUUCCGGACGAUCGCCGCCUGCCCUGGCCUCCGGUCAAGAAGAGCUCAGCCGCGGGUCAAGAAGGCGACGUCGACAUGGACGAGGAUAAUGACGAGGAUGAAGUAGAGGAUGAAGAGGCUAUACAGGAAGAAAUGAACUGGCUAGUACAGAUUGUCACUGACACCCAAGUGCAAGGUCAAGAUUCGCUUUGGCCGAUCAGUGGUAUCGGUAUCAAUUGCACCAAGCCCUACCUGCUGCCCAAGCUGGUCGAGCGCAUGUCGGCCUCGCUCGUCACACUCAACCUGCCCGCCAGCGAAGGCGGUAUGGAUCUGGAGAGCAGAAGAGGCGCUCUGGGAUUGCCAAAGCCUCUGCUUUUCCUGUACCCUGAUGGAGGGCUAGUGUACGACGCAGUGCGAAAAAUCUGGCUCACGCCUUCCAAUGCAGGCGAUCUGGGCCACGGCGACAAUUCGGCAGCGUCAUGGGCUUCGAACCUCAUGAAGCUUGCAAAGAGCAUCACGGCAGGAAGCGACGCCAAACUGCCAGACGUGUGGCGAGGUGUCUUUGUGGGAGGUUGCUGCAAGAGCGGCACUGACGAGAUCCGUGCGCUUUGCCAAUUUCGUUCAUCCUAG